GUUGGCAUCCUUAUAUUCUUACAAAUAAUAUAGGUUGUCAAGGAAAUAUCAAUUCAAAUACUGAAGAUUGUUAUGUUACGAUAAUGCAAUAUUAUGCUUAUUGUUUGCAAUUAAGACAUUAUACACUUAAUAAUGAUAAUACUGUGAAUGAGAUUCAUCAAUAUAUUGAUGCACGUUAUGUAUUAGCACAUGAGUCUAUUUGGCCUCCUGAUGUUAUACAUUUAGUUGUUCAUCUUCCUGGUCAACAUUUAGUUACUUUUACUGAUAAUAAAUCUUUGGUCAAUGUUGCUCGACGAGCACAAAACCAAAAAUCUACUUUAACAGCAUG